AGCAUGAGGAUACACCCUAUCUUUCAUGUUUCGUUAUUAGAAAAAGCGGAUCCGGAAACACCUCUUGACAAAGAAACCAAGCUAGAAGACCCUACCGAGCAAGAGUAUGAAGUUGAGAAGAUCUUGGAUCACCGAGUCAGACGACGUCAACACUUUUACCUCAUAAAGUGGAAGGACUACCCACCGGAAGAAAACACUUGGGAACCGUACAAAAACCUCAACUGUCCGCUUGAACUAUCGCGAUUCCAUCGUGAGAAUCCGACGCAUCCGAAACCCCUCGGGUUUCGAUGGUCUGGUUAAAGACGGCGAGAUUAUCUGCAAGCUCGCGAAGCUCACCAUCAGAGUGACCACCAUUUCUCACUCGUUCAGCCUCUUCUUCCUCUUCCAAUUCAUCCAUCAAACAAAUAGCCUUCGCUUUUGCACGACUUUCGGCUAUCUUCAGAAUUUUCCGACUUCGAGAAAGUUGAGCAAGAAGUUUUUGUUGUUUGGCGUUUAGUUGUUGUUGCUUUGCAUAAACUUCCGAUAAUUCCUCGAGACUCUCUUCUAUGGCUGAUUUGGCUUCUUCCCUGGUCUUAUCCAGAAUUUCCCAGGACACGUCGACGCAUUUUAUUCCCUUGCGAGCACAGUUUGCGCAUUUGACACUUUUUGAAGAGGACAUGGCGACACAGGUCAGUCCACGGAUCAAGCAAUGUUCACAACUGAGAAUUGCGAUGCUUCCCGACUCUUCAAUUUCGGAAGCAAGACGUUUGCGGCGAAGGGAAGAGACCGAAGACAUUUUUGUCUCUCAAUCAGCGGCCACUAAACUCCUUAAGUAUUAGAAGCUUGGGACAAGCUUACUAAGGAGGGGAAUGGUGUUACAAAGUAACACGUGAUCAGUCACAUGAGUAAUCAUUUUGAUCAUUUUUGGGAAAAUGAUCAAAAUGAGCGCAUUAGCCAAUGGUUGAGGGUUAGGAUACUGUUGAUUGGUCAGAGUGAUCAUUCUAAUCAUUUUGCCAAGAAUGAUCAGAAUGAGCAAGGCAAUAAGGAUAUCAGGAAAACGGUCUAUAUAAACGUCCUGUCUCUACAGAUAUUUCAGUCUCCGUAAUUCAACUGUCUAGCGUAGCUAGUAGUUAGUUUGAAUAUAU